AUGUACUCGAUGGCAAAGACGAAACAGGACAUAGUCCGCAAAUUAGCUGGCGAGUCACUAGUAAGCUGUUCAGAAGCUCUUACACUUAAGUCUAUGUAUGAAGCUGAUAAUGUAGGGUUGUUACUGGUUCUGUGUGGAAAACCUUUUAUCUGUGUACCCGUUAUGCGAACGUGGUAA